ACAUUUUCACCGAUAGCCACCCUGUAUAAAAGCCCACCGAUCAUCCACUACUGGCAUACACGCUGUAUCAUUAUGCGUUGGUUAUUCGUCUCUCUGGCCCUGCUGGCCAUCGCGGCUGCCAUCCCGCCGCCAGUUUCACAGCGAGCAGCCGACAAGAAUUUCUUGAAGAUACAACAGGACGUCAUUUACUUAUUCGAGCACAUAACGGAAGAGUUGCCAAACGCUGAGCUUCGUCAACUAGGACUAAAUUACCAAUUCCAAUACGACCUAUACUCCGAACCGGAAGUCGUAAAGUACUUCGUCCGCUAUGUAGAACGUGGAUACGCAUUCCCAAGAGGAGUAGCAUAUUCAAUAUCGAUAAGCGAAUAUCGUAAGGAAAUUGCUCUUCUCACAAGGAUCUUCUUGGCAGCCAAUGAUUACACGACUUUACUUAAAACUGCUGCCUGGGCACGACUGAACCUUAACGAGCAUGUUUUCGUCAAGGCAUUCUCCAGCGCCAUCCUUCAGCGAGCGGACACGCGUGGCAUUGUUCUACCUCCACCUUACGAGAUAUUCCCGCAAUACUUUCUGGACAGCAGAGUCAUCCAGCAGGCGCAGAACAUCCUGACUACGGGCGUCGAGAAUCCUCUGGCCGAGCACGUAAUAAAUAUUCCUGUUAAUUACACCAGUUACUUGCCGUACGGAGAAGACCGUCUGACUUAUUUCACGGAUGACAUCGGGCUCAACGGUUACUAUGAUUACGUAAUGCUCGCUGGGUAUAUGUUACCUGAGCACCCGCACGAAUGGUACAAUAAGUACCAGCAAUACGUAUCCCAGUGUUGCGCCACGAAUCCUGAAUUCACAAGUCAGCAAGGCGCGCAUACAAGCGAACCGCAUAUUGGACGUGGUUCACGCUUUUAUUAUAUUCAUCAGCAAUUGCUUGCACGUUACCAUCUUGAACGUCUGAGCAAUAGAUUGGGUCCAAUCAGGGAAGCUGAUUAUUUGAACGUUCGCACGCCGUAUAAACCCAAUUUGCGUUUCUCUAACGGCUUGGAAUUCCCUGGACGUUACUACGACAUCCCACUCAGUCCUUACAGGGAUGAGCUUAUCAAGACUGUCUGGACAAUUGAGAGAAGAUUGACAGACGCCAUUGAUGCUGGAUACGUGAAGACGCCACAGAAUGUUUUCCUUUCCCUGUAUCAGCCAUUCGGUUUGGAUAUUCUUGGGGAUUUGAUCGAAGGAACUGGACGCAGCAUCAAUCCUAGGUACUACGGAGUCUUUCAAGCUGCAGCCAGACAGCUCUUAGGAGCUGGUCCUGAAUACAGAGACAUUCGUGGGUACACUCCAUCCGUCCUGGAAGUUGGAGUAACCGCUCUUCGCGAUCCUGUCUUCUAUCAGCUCUACAAGAGGGUUAUUAACUUGUUCAAGGAUUACCAAGAAUCCUUGCCCAGCUAUCAAGAUUGCGAUCUUUACGUGCCGGGAGUGACUGUCGAGAAUGUCGAAGUCGACAAAUUGAUUACCUACUUUACUGAUUAUAACAUUGAUAUUCAAAGCGCCACUGCUCGUCCAAGUAAUGCCAAUCAGAGAGAGAAUCUCAGACUUCAAGCUCAGCUCAAGAGACUGGAUCACAAACCCUACGAGUACAAGAUCGUCGUGAAAAACGAGAAGAACGUUGGAAAGGUCGUCGUUCGUGUUUACCUUGGACCGAAAUAUAAUUACGACGGUACUCCAGUCUCUAUUCGCAGGGACAGAUUGUAUUUUGUCGAAUUGGAUCAAUUCAUGUACGAGCUUCAGAACGGCGAGAACGUAAUCGUCAGGAACAGCCGGCAGGCUCCAGGAUUCAGUGACGAUUAUCCAUCCGUUCAGCAGCUCCUGAGAAAUGUCAAGGAAGCAACAAGAUCUCAGAAUCCGUUCUACAUCACCGAACCUGAGGACAUCUACGGUUUCCCAGCACGUCUAAUGUUACCCCGGGGCAGACAAGAAGGAUUCCCACUGCAAUUUUUAGUUGUCAUCUCUCCUUAUGAGAUCUCCCAAACCACGCCAUAUGGACCUGUGGUUUCUCGACAAUUCCAAACAUACCUUAAACCUUACUACGAUAUUCUUAACGAGGAGGAUUAUAUUAAAUACACGGAUUCUCCACAUGGUUGGAAUCGGACCACGUUAUACGAGACGGUGCACGGUGUGGCUGGUGAGACUGAAUAUUAUUCUCACCAUCACUCGACCACCACGUCGCAGAAACAUCGUACAGGCGAAUGGUCCCACAGCGUCCACCAACAGGGUCAGACAAUGACCGAUUCCUACUUGAAGGAUUAUUGGUCUAACCAGCCAGUGCAGAAUAUUAUUGGCGGAGUCGUAUCUCUCGACGGCAGACCACUGGGUUACCCUCUGGAGAGGCCAUUGGCACCAGGAGCACUCUACGUGCCGAAUAUUAAGGUGGUCGACGUCCAGGUCUACUGCGAGGACGCGUUGACAUGUUAAAAUAUUGUUCGACGAUACCAAAUACGAUCUGAACGAGAUAUACAA